AUGAAAAAGCUCCUCCCCUACCUCAUAGUAGGCUUCGCCGCAGCAGCUACAGCAUUUGCCGAAGAUGUGACGAUUUUUAUGCCAGAUACUACACCGACCCCGGGCUCUCCAAAUGACCGGCAAAUCCGCCCGGAUGUCGCUAGGCUGGUGCUCGCGAGACGGCUGGGAUGGCCCGGAAGCUCGUUGGCUGGACACGUUGACGAGAGUAUAUUGCAGGAUUUAAAUGAAUUUGGAGGGCAACAACCUACAUUAUUUGGAGAUUCAGAUCAAAGGGAGAACCAUCACAAGCUGCUUGUUGUAGUACAAGGGUUUGACCCAGUUGAGGAUGCGCACACGCAAACAAAGCUUGAUCGUGUCAGAGUAGCUGGGGCUGAACGUGACUUUAUGGAGACUACGUUUCUCAGCGGUCUUCUCUCAGAACCCUCUCCGCGGAGACCUACGUCUCGAGUAUGCUCAUAUCAAUGGGAAGUGGACCAAUUGACAGCGGCCGAUUUGGUGUUUAGAAAUAAGGAAGGAUUAGACUGUCCUUCAAAAACGCCGUUUGUUGAGCAAUUCAUGAACACGCUUUUCGAAGACGGUGAUAUGGAAAACUUCCGGAGCGUUGUGCGUACUUAUUUCGGAGAUGCAUCCCCCGAGCCUGGAGAGCAAGUCUCCGCCAUUCUCAGGCUCAGCCCUCUGCCCAAGCACCCGAACUCCCUCUCCACCUAUAAACAUAUCUUCCCGGUUCUGGCUCUCGCAGAGACGUCUAUAAUGGAAACCACCGUCGUUGCGUUACCCGGCAACACCUGGAAAACGUCUGCAUUCACGAAUCUAGAUUCCGCCGUCCAGCCACUCGCGGACUCACACAAGCGCCAGCCCAGUCAACUUUACUCGGCCCUUCCCCGCGAUUCAAAUUCCACGAAACCCGAUGACAAGCUCUCCACCCUCCUCCCUAUCUGCUACGCGACCAACGAAACCUGCAACGCCCGCACCAACUCCUGCUCCGGCCAUGGCUACUGCUAUCUCAAGCGCCAGGGCGCCGCCAAAGGAAGCGAAUGCUACGCAUGCAGAUGCCUCCGCACCGUCGAUCACACCAAUUCCAAAGACGGAUCCAAGGAAACAACCCAAUGGGGUGGACCGGCUUGCCAGAAGAAAGAUGUGAGCAUGCCAUUUUGGCUAUUGGGUGGAUUCACGCUGCUAUUGGUUGUCAGCAUCUGGUUGGGCGUGGGACUGCUAUGGCAGAUGGGACAGGAAGAAUUGCCGAGCGUGCUGAGUGCUGGAGUUGCGGCUCCAAGGACGCAGAAGUGA